AUGGCUCCCGCUAAGAAAGGUGGGGAGAAAGAGAAGGGCUGUUCUAUUAUCAACAAGAUGAUUAUGAGGGAAUAUACAAUAAAUAUCCACAAGCAUGUCAAAGGAUUGGGUUGGAAGAGAUAUACUUCUCUGAAGAUCCAUAAAUUUGUAGUGAAGGAAAUGAGUACUCCCAGUUUCCUGAGAGAUACUUGUGUGAUCAAGGCUAUUUGUACUAAAGGCAUAAUGCUUUUAUUCAGAAAACACAAUGAAAAUGAGGACUCCCCUAACAAACUCCAUAGAUUGGUAACCCUUGUUCCUGGCAUAUCAUACAAUGAUAGCAAAGAAUCAAAUUUGAUUAAAAUUAAACUGCAAAUGCUUUGUUUAAAAGAAACUGUAAAAAAUGACAUCAAAAUUGGUGGUAUAGUUGACAGUGAAAAAGGCUAUCACAGACUACAACAGGGCCUUGGUCAAAUGGGUGGAGGAGUGGCAGAUGCAGUUUAA